GCACAGGGCUCGCCUGCUGACUCUGCCCUCUCGGGAAAGAUGGGAAAGGGCUACAAGGUGGUGGUUUGUGGAAUGGCCUCGGUGGGAAAGACUGCGAUUUUGGAGCAGCUUCUCUAUGGAAAGCAUACUGUUGGCUUAGAAGAGGGUGCCACAAUGGAAGAUGUGUAUUUGGCAUCGGUGGAGACAGACCGAGGCGUGAAGGAACAGUUACGGCUUUACGACACCAGGGGUCUGCAGGAGGGUGUGGAAUUGCCAAAACACUAUUUCUCUGUUGCUGAUGGCUUCGUUCUCGUGUAUGCUGUGACCAGCCUCGAAGCUUUCCAAAGAGUCGAACUGCUCAAAAAGGAGAUUGAUGUCUUCAGAGACAAAAAAGAGGUAACAGUUAUUGUCUUGGGAAACAAAACUGACCUCCUGGACCAAAGGCAAGUGGAGACAGAAGCAGCACAGCAAUGGGCAAGGGUCGAGAAAGUGAGACUGUGGGAAGUGACUGUGACAGAUCGGAAAACACUGCUUGAGCCCUUCACCUUCUUAGCUAGCAAACUCUCCCAGUCCCAGAACAAAUCAACAUUUCCCCUGCCUGGAAGGAAGAACAAAGGGAAUAACUGUGAUAACUAAGCUACUGUAGCAUUGUCUGCUGCUGCCAUGCCACAGCCUAAGUCCUUCUAUGCCAUUUGCUUCUUGCAGUUUCACUUAAAGCAAUAAUCUCAUUCAGCAAUAAAAUCAGCAAGCUUAUGGCUAAGAGGUAUCCUUCCUUCUCAUGGACUCGACUUGAAAAAGUCACUGGUGGUAAAAGCCUUGAAA